AUUUUCAAUUUUAAUCCCUUAAAAAAAAGAAGGGGACUUUUUUUCCCUCUUCUUCCUUUUUCUUUUUUCUCUCUGUGUAAAAUCAAAUUUUGCAGGGGAAUCCUCAAAAGAAUUAUCCCUCUUCGAUUCUUUCUCUCUCCUCUUUUUGCCCUUUAUUUGUUUCUCAUCUGGGCAACUUCAUAUUUACCCCCCUUUUCUCUCUUUUCAUUUAUUUCUCUCCUCCAUUUUUUCAGCAAUGACAACUUCACUCACCGCCUUUGUUGACGAACGUCUUAGUAACGAUCUUAACGAUCUUAUCAUUCCAGAUAAGGGGGAAAUGAAUGAGGAGAGAGAAAAGGGGGGUCAAAUGAGUGCUGUGGCGGUGAAUGAUGGUGUAUGUGCCAUUUGUUUGGAUUGUAUCGAGCUUCAGGAAACUGCUCUUGUAAAAGGUUGCGAGCAUGUUUACUGUGUGAACUGCAUCCUGCAAUGGGCAACAUACCAUGAACAUCCUAAAUGCCCCCAGUGCAAAAAUCCAUUUGAUACUCUGAGUGUUCAUCGUGCGCUUGAUGGAAGCUUGCAUGACUACAUGUUUGAAGAAAGCCUAUGCUUGCUUGUGAGAGCUUCAUGGUUUAAACCUUUGGUUGUAGAACCUUACGAUGACUUCUAUGAUGAGCUCGAUGAUAUUUUCUAUUAUCAAUAUCAAUAUCAAUACGAGUAUGGAGAUCUUGGAGAUGACGAUUUUGAGGAUGAUUACUUUCAUAGCUCACCAAGCCUUCGCAUUGGCAACCGGAGGUGGGGCGAUAAUGGGUACAUAAGUGCAGGACGCCAGGAGGCAAGGCCUGUCCAUAGAUCAAAUCCUCAAAAUUCAGGUGCUAGUUCAUCGCGUCAGCGCAAAAAGAAAGAGGUUGAGAAGGAUACAGAUGCCAGUUCUUCUGUUUCACCCAAGAAUAAAGAGGUUGGGAAAGAUCUGAUUGGCCGACGUGCUAAGAGGGCACUGAAGCGCGAAGCUGCUGAUAAGGCAGCUGCUGCGAAACAUCAACAACAUUUGGUUAGGUUAGGUAGGCAGUAGGCUAAUGUGGCUGUUAUGGCAGAGUACCACACAAGCCAGCGGCUUUGUGUCACUGCCAGCAUCCCUGUACAGUACCAUCUGUUUCUCAAUUUCCGCUUUGUAAAAAUAACGACACCGUAGUUGACUGGUCUGUUUCAAGUUUAAAAAAAUUGUACACUCUGCAAGUUAAUAUCUUAGUUAUAAUCCCAUUGUUUCUGGGUUGGGAGGACAAAGCUAUCGCAACAACCUCUGAACUUGGUUCUUGUGGAUUCUUUGGAUUUGUUCAUGUAAAUAAUUCUUACUGCUGACAAAUUUACUUGGUGCAUGUGUGACUUCGUGUAAA